UUGCCGACUUCCCUUUCAACUUCGUUAUUCCCUUUCGAUGGCUGUCAUCGAUGUCAUUUUCUUAUCGAUCUCACACGGAUGUGUUUCGCUGUUGGAUACAUCGCCUCUUCUUAAUGGUGCGAUUCAGGGUCCACUUGUUCUCAACUUGCUUUCUGUUGUAUUUCUUCUCAUCUUACUUAUACUCUGCUGUCCUCGUUCUGUACUCAAAUUGCGGAAACAAAUACAGAUCUACCUUCUCAUUCGUCACCCUCUGGAUCAGCUGUACUGCACAUAUUCAUUCUUUAUUGACGAACCCACCACCGAUUUGACCUCAACUUGUUAACUUUUAGAUCAAAAACUGUUUUUUAAUGUAAUAUCAACUGUUCCUGGCUUUAUAUGUCGGUUGGUCAUGACAAUCUUGGUAAAAUGAUGAUAGCAGCAGUUUCAUGGUUUGUUUUAAUAAAGAUAUCUCUGAGAAUUUACUAGUUUUCAGUCUUAAUCAAUGUUUCGUUUGAUCCAUUUUAAUCUGGUUUUGGCUCCUAAGCUUGUGCUUGAGUUCUUGUGGUAGAGAAUGGCCGGCUCAUUAGGCGGUUGCUUAAAUAUGGAGUUUAAGCCCAAUUGAAGACUAGUUAAAGAAAUUUAUGGUGACCCAGUUCAGCUUUCGUCCUACUGUAGAAGGGUUAGCUGGGAAUUGUUUUUUUCUUUCUCUAUUCAGUGCUGACCCACUUUUGAUUACUUAAAUGAUUCGUUAAUGGGUUAUCCCUCUUCUGUGGAUUGCAUUAUUUCUUCAAGAUCAGUUAAUGGGAUUAUCUCUUCCGUGGAUUGUAUUAUGUUGCUGAUUCUUUUCGAUAUCUUAAUGGUCUUUUAAUCCUCUUCUUUUUCCACAUUUCCGCCACUCACAAACUCUGCUUGGUUGAGGUAAUAGCUGCAGCAUCACUGGUGUUUGUACUGUGUACUGAGAGAGACUGCUGGAAUUCUAUAAAACGAUUGAACGUCCACUGCUUUUCUUGAAUUUAGUAAAUCUCGACGUUCCAUGUCUCAAGUUCUAAAGUAUGACGGCUGGAGAACCAAUGACUGAUUGUGCGACUUGAGGUUAUGGAUGUCGGCUCAAGUUGGCCACCCUUUUUCUGUCCUUUCUAUGUGAUCUUACUAUAAAUCUUUUGUCUGGGGCAUUAGAUAAUCCCCAUGGUCGGAAAGCUUCUUAAUUUCCCAAUUUAACAACUAGAAAAGUGGAAAUUUUUUAAUACUUCAAUUGAGAGCCUUGCCUUCUAGCUCUGUUCUUUUAAUUCAGUACUCUCUCAGAAAUCCCUCUCAUAAGUUUGACAGGGGAAGAAUGAAAACAAGAAAAGGAAAGCGUUCCGAGGCCUUUUGGCCUUCCAUUGUUAUGAAGAAAUGGCUAAAUAUUAAGCCCAAGGUGAAUGAAUUCAGUGAAGAUGAGGUUGAUACUGAGACUGAGAGUGAGGAUGAUGCAUUCUCUCCUAAAGCUGCAAAUGAAAGCCUGGUGGGGAAUCAGUUUUGCAGAACAUCAGGAAAUCAAUCUCUACAACCAAGUCAAGCUUCAGGGACACCAUCCAAGGGUUAUCUGUUGAGGCAUAGGAGAGGAAAGUCUGAAACUCUACGUGUUCAAUACAUUAGUAGAAAGGAUGUGAGGGUAACGAUAGGCACAUGGAAUGUUGCUGGAAGACCUCCAUAUGAUGAUCUUGAUAUUGAAGAGUGGCUUAGUAUGGAAGAACCAGCAGACAUGUAUGUUAUUGGUUUCCAAGAGGUGGUCCCUUUAAAUGCUGGGAAUGUACUGGGUGCAGAGGAUAACAAGCCAAUUCCAAAAUGGGAAGCAAUCAUUCGUAAAACCCUAAAUAAGUCUUCACAACCUGAAACAAAAUUUCAAAGUUACAGUGCCCCAGCCUCUCCAGUAUUGAGGCCAUAUUCUACUGAUGAUGUACUUGUAGAUGAGAUAGGUGCUCCCGAAGUAGAGGUGGUGAGCAAGGUUGUGGGGCUUAAUGAUCUUAGUGAUAUUGGAUUACAAGAGGUAGAAGAAAUAAUCAGUACUCCAAAGAAGUUCCAGUUAAAGAGACCAUAUGGCAUUGACAUUGAUGGUAGACUAGAUUGGCCUGAACGCCCAUUAGAUAUGAAGACAAAAGUUAACUCUUCUAACAAAGGAUUGCGGAGAGUGUUAAGCAGUUCAGGAAGAAUUGGCUUUGAUUGGAUUGAGAAGCCUCUAAUUUUAACUAAUCAAGAUUUAGAAUUGGAUGGUGGAUUGAAACGAGUGCACAAUAGCUCAGGAAACCUAGAUUUGAUGUGGACCGAGCAGCAAGAUCAGUCUGAAGUGCUCUCUUUUUCUGAUGAUUCUGAAAAUUCUUCUGAAGAAGAUGAAGAUUCUCACUUAGAAGCGGAAAGGGGACACUGCAAAAAUGGAGUCAAAAGAGUAUCUUUGAAGACUCGUGCUAAAUAUGUGCGUAUUGUUAGCAAGCAGAUGGUGGGAAUUUAUGUAUCAGUUUGGGUUCGUAGAAGGUUGAGGAGGCAUAUAAAUAACUUGAAGGUUUCUCCAGUGGGAGUUGGUCUCAUGGGCUACAUGGGAAACAAGGGAUCUAUUUCUGUCAGUAUGUCUCUUUUUCAAACACGGCUGUGUUUUGUUUGUUCACAUCUAACAUCUGGUGAAAAGGAGGGGGAUCAACAAAGACGAAAUGCUGACGUUUAUGAAAUCUUACGACGUACACAGUUCUCUUCUGUUUUAGAUGCAGAUCAGCCACAGACUAUUCCUUCUCAUGACCAGAUUUUCUGGUUUGGGGAUUUGAAUUAUCGUCUUAAUAUGCUGGAUGCUAAGAUAAGAAAGCUCGUGUCUAAGAAACAAUGGGAUGAGCUUAUCAAUAAUGACCAGCUGAGCAAAGAACUUCGCCGUGGGCGUGUCUUUGAUGGAUGGAAGGAAGGGAUGAUAAACUUUCCACCCACAUACAAAUAUGAAUUCAACUCAGAUAAAUAUGUUGGAGAAAAUCAAAAGGAAGAGGAGAAAAAGAGAUCCCCGGCAUGGUGUGAUCGCAUUCUAUGGUUAGGGAAGGGCAUCAGACAGCUUGCCUACAAUCGUGCUGAAAUAAGGCUUUCAGAUCAUCGCCCAGUUAGCUCAAUGUUCUUAAUUGAUAUUGAAGUCUUUGACCAUCGGAAGCUCCAGAAAGUACUGAAUUUCAAAAGUGCUGCAGUGCAUCCUGAAGUGUUUCCUGAUGAAUGAGGGGACUGAAAAAGUUUGACAGAAAUCAGGGAUAGAUCAAGGGAGAUGCUUGGCGGUCUUGAUGAAAUCUGUUUAGGACUGGUCUCAAAUUCAAUUUGGUUCCUUGCAUGAAUUCUGGUGCUGAGGCUGAUGACGUGCUAAUCUAUAACUAUCCAAGCAAGCAGUACAUGUGUCCAGCCACAUCUAAGAUGUUGCUAUAUGGGAUUCGAGGAAUGGUAGGAGUUGAUCUCUGGUUUAUAUGGUUUUAUGUCCAGUUUUCGGGUAAACGAAACUUGGUCUUUAUGUAAAGUCAUGAACAUGCAGAAUAGAAGUUGGAGAAAAUAAAGUCUCAAUAGAUCCAUGUAGCAUUGUUUGUAAUUGUACAUGCUGGGGGCAGAGCCAGAUGACAUAUGUUGGGUUUGGGUUACAUUACUGAAAAUUUUGCACAGUAGUCUUUUGGGGUGUGUUUUCUGUAUGGGGCUCUUAUAGAAGGAAUUAGGUCUUUUGGGGUGUGUUUUUUGUAUGGGGCUCUUGUAGAAGGAAUUAGGUAAAUGUAAUAUCAUUCAUCAAAUGGUUCUUACAUCUUUGAUAUCAUGUGUACAUUAACAAUAUUUUGUAAUAUAAUUUUCAUUCUCAUGUUUGAUUCUCA